AUGUCUUCCCGUCUGGAGUGUCUCCUGCCGGAGCUCCACCUCCACCUCAUGAGCUUCAUACCACGGCCGGCCGAUCUCCAAUCCCUCUGCCAAACAAGCAAGGCCCUUCGGGUACCUGCCACCACUGCGCUUUACCGACCAGUCAGCCUCAGUGCCGACAUCCCUGGCUGGCGGCACGAUGACGACGAGGUCGAGAUUGCAAUAUUAUCUGAGACGAAUCUGGGUCUGCGGGACAUUCGAGCAUUGACACUCUGUUCUGGAUACGAGGAACCAGCACAGAAGGAGAAGAAGGCUGCGGCGAGAGUAUUGAAAGCGUUGCCGAAGAACAUUCCUCGCGAGCUUGACUGCAAUGGGCUCCUUAUCGACGAAGAGACCGCCAUGCUUGUGUUGACACGCCAAGAGAGAUUGACGCAUCUCGCCUUCGGCCCGCUCACAUUCGACCUUGCGACUUUGUUCAAGUUCAAUGUCGUAGGUCAAGCCCUUUGCAAGAACCUCAAGUCCCUGACAAUUCCGGCUACGGUUGGCGGCAUUCGCGACUUCGAUGUGUAUCAGCACAUUAUCGAGCAUGCACCCCUGAACAACCUUACCAUCAAUACCACCGGUUUCUGCGACACCCCCGAUCAGGACCUGACCAAGACAAAGGAAGGUUAUGCCGAGAUCGCGUCGAUACUGUUCUCCCACACCAAGACCAACACUGCCACCAAGGCCAUGUCACUCGAGAGCCUCGUCCUCAAUGGCUUCGAUCUUGAACGUGCGAGGUACAUGUUGCGAGGCUACAUCAACCUGUCACUCCUACAGAGUCUCAUCCUCUACAACUGCCCUGGCGCGGGCAAGUUCAUUCGAAUCCUCACAACCCUCUUCAGGAAACACGGCAGCCAACUUCAGCGGUUUGAAUUCACGCGCGAAGAGGGAGAUAGUUUGGGCUCCAAGGCUACGGAAAACAUCCUCGGCUAUUUCAGUGGUCUGAAGCACUUGGUGCUGAUCGGACUCGAUGGCGCCAAUGGCUACCAAGGACUCAGGAUGGAUGCGCUCAAGAUGCACGGCGGCACGCUCGAGAAGCUGGUUCUUCACCCCGAGGGCACUGGCAACUUUGCCUCGAGCGAGAUGGGUCUCAAGCGGGCUUUCUUUUCGGCGCUGUCAACGGCUUGUCCAGAGUUCCGUGAGCUAGCGCUCACGCUACCAAUCAUUCACAUUCCGCAGUCCACCGAGGAAGAGGCUAAAUCGUACGGAAGUGCGCUGCGCGACUUGCUCGAUCUACCAGACCUCAAACUCCUCCGCAUCCUCAACUGGCCUUGUCUCAAGCCGCACUUCUUCUCCAUUCCUCCCGCAGAUGACGAAGAUGAGACCAUCGACAAGCUGAACGAGAAAAGCCUGGAUGUCGCAAAUGGACGACUUUGUCCAAAACGGAAUCGUCGAGAUCUUCAACGACUACUUCGAGGGUCGCACGACGCCCGUGCUGGCUUUCAAGAGUUUGAAAGGUAA